CAGAAACAGUUAAUUAAAACAAAACGAUUAUAAAACAUCUGCGUACAUAUUUUUUACUUUAGAGUGUUGACUACUAAAUACAUAUAUCUACUUAUUUAUGUAUUGAUUAGUAUUAAUUGCAUUAAGAAGAAGACGUAUACUAAUUGUGUAUUUUCGUGAUUUCUACAGUUAAAGUCAUGGUCGGUUAUGUGGUUGUUCAUUUACCUAGGUUCAAUUUUUAGGGUCUAUGAUUACAAUAAACACAUAUUACAAGUGCAAUACAUGUUAAGUCCACUUCGUGCGAUUAUAGCAAAAUAAUAAUAAUACUUAUUAAAGCGAAAGUUUCUGCGAGGAGAAAUUUUAGAUUAGACGACAUCGGAUCAAAGAAAUGAUACUAUUUUCCUUCGUUAAGUCUAUAAAAGAUAGACCGGUUCUAGCUAACGCAUUAUGUAGUGUAAGCUGUGAGGUGAAAGGAUUUAAAUCACGUUAGAGGUUUAGUGAAACAGUGCAAAAUGAAUGUUUUGGCAAUUUUGAUAGGUAUUGUAGCCGCCACUUAUGGAGGUUCUUCCGAUACGAGUUCUAAAGCAAAGACAUCCACAAAAACUUACAACACCGUCGCUUUCGCUCACAGUCAAAAACCUGACAGUUACUUUCACGUUACAACACAGCAAACCCCUCAAUCAUUUCCUUACAGUUUUGCUGCAAAACCAACAUACAUGACACCAGCACCUCAACAACAACAACCUCCAUUACAGCCCACAAUGCUGAUCAUAGCGCACCCCGCACUCGUUCCUCAAAGUCUUCUUAAUCAAAUGGGGCUUGUCCAACACAUGGUGAACUAUUUCCACACAAACCCUCAAGCUAAGCAUCAGCUACUCUAUGGAAUACAGCAGCAACAACAAUUGCAGCAACAGCAGCAACUUCCUCACCCUACAGUUCAACCUUACGUUCAGCAUUUUCCAGUACCAGUAUACCAACAAUCCAUGACUUCUCCAUACCAACAAUUCGUAGCCACACCAGCCCACUUGGCCCAACCGUCUUUAGUACAUUUACAACAAACUCAUCCUGCAAGAUAUGGGAUGACAUCGCAUCAGGUCCAACAGGCACAAACUGUUCCGUUAGAUCAGAUCUCUCAUUUAGCUCAGUCUGUUGCGCAACAGUAUGCUUUAAAUCCUGGCAAAGCUGGUUCGCCUCCUGCUAUUAUAACGGGAUUGGAGAACUUUAGUCCGGAGCAGCAGGCUCACAUCAAAGUACAACUGGGAUUAGCAUCUGCUGAACAUAAUGAUGUCGCUCCUCAAAGUACCAGUUCUCAAAGUAGUAAAGCAACAAGUGUUUCAGCAAAUUCAUCUCCCAAUCCAACGACCGUUCCUGGACGUUCUUCAUAUUAUAAUUAGGGAGUUUAAUUUGGAAAUACAAGUA